GUUUGAGAGUAAAAGCGAUCAUGGGUUUUUCUUCUAGAAAUUUGUAUGCAGGAAUAGGUUUAGGACAAUCAACCACACGGCCACCUCUUUUUGAUGGAACCAAUUAUACAUAUUGGAAAGAACGAAUGAGAAUCUAUAUUCGUUCCACGAACUUCCAAUUAUGGUUGGUUAUUAAAAACGGGGAAGAGGUGCCGAUGAAGAAAGUCGAGGACAAAUUGAUCCCCAAAAGCGAAGACGAAUUUGAUGCGGAGGACAUCAAAAAGGUCGAGAAUUAUGCAAAGGCAGUAAACAUGCUUUAUUGUGUCGUAAAUCCUGAUGACUACCGCAAAAUCUCUUGCUACUCAACCGCCAAGGAGAUGUGGGAUAAACUUGAGGUGACGUACGAAGGAACGGACCAAGUACGUGAAGCCAAGAUCGACUUCCUCACCCAAGAGGAUCUUGUGCGAAAGAUCCUACGGAGCUUGACAUCCGAAUGGCGAUCUAAGGUUGAUGCCAUCUAUGAGUCAAUCGGCACAUCAAAUGUCACCAUCGAGGGUUUAAGAGGUAACUUAAAAACGUAUGAAUCUACUAUACUUAACCCGUCUUUGAAUGACCAGAGAAAAGGCAUAGCAUUAAAAGCCUCCAAAGAACCGACAAUGAAUGACUCAAGCGAUGAUGAUGAAGUCAAGCUUGUCAUGAAGAAGUUUUGCAAACUUCUAAGAAAGAAAGAAAAGGUUGAGGAUGGCCCUGUGUGCCAUGGAUGUGGUGAAGUCGGGCACAUCAAGAACAAAUGCCCGAGAAACGGAAGGAACACUCGCAACUUCAAAAAGCAAAGAGCAUACAUCUCUUGGGGUAGCGACUCCGGCGACGAGUCAACCGACCAAGACGAGGAUGAAACUGCCAACCUCUGUCUCAUAGCACACGAAGACCAAACCGACAAUGAACAAGAGGCAUCCAAGAAGAAAGGCCCUACCGAGGCCACAACCUCUGCGCCUCAACCCUUUCCGUACCUGGAUGGAUCCUUCCUCGAAUUUGGCUCGGAGGAAGAACUCACGCGCUUCCUCAAUCACUUUGCCAAACGCCCGAUUUCUCCGCCCAGGGUGGUGCCCGAGCUAUACCCUCAACAAAAGGGGUACCACGACCUCGACAAUCAGCUUCAAGCGUCGGGUUUAUGGUCGUUCGUCUCCAGGAGUCGUCAGUCUUACAAUCCCGCCUUUGUCCGGGCCUUCUACUCCAAUCUCCGCCGUGACGGGGACACCAUCCGCAGCAGCAUCAAUCUCUACGACGUAGAGAUUGAUUUGCCUACCUUUGCACGGAUCACAGGGCUGCCCAUCCGCGGUGACGACAUCGCGACGUACGGUGGCGACGAUUGGAUCCUCAACAACGAGGCGAUCUUCAUUCGUGAGUUUGGGAUCACCAGCGAGCCGACGAUUCACUCAGCUCCACCGGACAAGCGCCUCCUCCUCUUCAUCAUCACUCGGAUUCUUCGCCCCCAGGACAGCAGCCAUACCUCGCUCUUCAACAAGGAUUUGAAGGCGAUUCAUGCAAUCAUCCACGGCGCCUCCAUCAAUUGGGCAAAAUUUGUCAUGAUACACAUGGCGGAUUGCGCCUCACUCGCCACCGAGCGGAGCUUGCCGUACGCCUUCCUCAUCAUGGACAUCAUCGUCUCCGCCGAUAUCCACAUCGUCGGGCCAGACACGAAGAUGACGAAGUCAAUCGAGCGGAUGGACUGGACGUUGCAAUGCCAACACCACGACAUGAUGGCAUACUUCCGUGGCAUCAACUACGUUCCGCCACCUUUCGACAGCACCAUUCUCAGCCAAAACUUUGAAGGCGAGGAUGAGGACGACGACUCCUACGCUCCGUCCUCCUCCCCCGACGAGGCCGACUUUGAAGAUGCGGUCGACAGCGAUCCCAUGGACGUCGAGGACGACGACGAGGACGCCGACACUGACUCCUAGAAUCUUCUUUCUUUUAAUAUGAUUGUAUUUUUUUAAUUAUUUUCAUUCCGUUGUAUUCCGCAUUUCCCUUUUAAUGAAUAAAAAUUAUUUUUAAAUCUUUUUGUUAAUGACAAAAGGGGGAAGAUAUAAAGGUUAUGCAUUAAU